CCGCUCCUCCCGGCCGGCUACGCGACUGCGCUGCUCGGAGGCCCGGGGGCCGAGGGGCCCGUGGGACACGCGUCGGGGCGCAGCUUCCUGGUGCGGGCGGACCGCGGAGGUGGACCUGGCUGCGGCCCCCCUGGCCUGUGAGCGUCGCCCGGGAGAGCGGAAUUGCGGGGUUGGAGCAUCUGCCGCACCUCGGACCUUGACCUGUGGCCUGGGAGGAGGUGAGAUCUACUGGCCAGGCUCUGACCACCUGACCACCUUCCUGGGCGCCUGAGUCUGGGUUUCCUCGCCAGGACUCUCCCUUUCCCCUCCCCUGCCCCUCUGGCCGUAGCCCGGGCAGCAUGCAGACCCAGCAGAGUGGCGUCCAGUACAGCAGGUGGGAUGACAGCAGCCGGGACGAAGUCCACGUGGCUGCCGAGUCUAGCACGGAGGAGGCCUCAAGCUGGGCGAGGAUCUCCCGGAAGCUGUGCUCAGGCAAGCUGGGCAUCGUGAAGGUGCUGGGCGGAGUGGCCCUCUUCUGGGCCGUCUUCAUCCUGGGCUACGUCACCGGCUACUACGUGCACAAGUGCAAAUAAGGCUUCCCAGCAUACACGCAUGUGCCCGGGGACGCGGGCCCGGGCGGACACCCCUGUACACCAGAAUCCCCUUUGCAUGCACAGACCCUCAUGUACACGGAUCCCUCGUAUACACCAGGUUUCCUCCACGUGCAUAGACUCGCCGCCCCCCCACAGACCCCACUGUGCAGCAAGCAGUCACUGGCCAUCCAGGGGCACGCAGAGGAACAGGGACACAGGUCCUCGAUGACAUAUACACAUGCCUCGCACAGGCAGCCAGCCAGGGGCACACGUGGCCGGGAGACUCUGCCCAGUUUGAGCUGGGACCACGGGGCACACCUCUGGGUCCUCCCUGAGUGGGCGCUGUGUGGGGCUGGGGGUGCCUGGGUGGGCCUCUGGGCCCUCUUGUUUUGUAAGGAUGGCUCUGGGGGAGGCGGGGCUAUGUAUGUCCCUCUGCCCACCCCCCUCCCCGGGCUGAGACCCCAUCCUGGAAGUCGAUCCUGGGCAGGGUGGGGAGCGGGAGCCACCCUCAAGUGUUCUCUGUUCUGUGGUGCGGUGGGCAUAGUUGCUCCGGGGCUUGGAGCCAGCAGGAAGGCCGUUGCCCCCUCCAUGCCCAGGGCGGAUGGGAACCUGUGCACCGAUGCAGUCAUUAAAAGUCUGUUGCAUGAA